AUGAAUGUUACACCCCCCAGCAGAAGCACCGCCCCUCUCCCACGCCCUUUAAAAGCUGGCGCGGCUCAUUGCAACUCCAGUAACUCCACAUUAACCAUGAUUCAUCCCAUUAACAUCGAGGCCGACCUGCUCACGGCCAACCCCAAGCGACCCCAGCUGAUGGAGCUCCGGACUAAGCCUAAGAUCACGUAAGCCUAAUCUCCGUUUCCGAUCGAUGUUAUCCAUCUUGUUUCGGAUCGCUUCAUUCUUCUUUUGCUUUUUUUGGCUAGACUGCGGUUUGUCGCCAGUUUUAGGCGUGGCGCGAUCUUUUGCAGAGUUUAUUACCUAAAAUAAUUUGAAAUUCUAUACUUUACUUUGUAAACUUUUACUUGCAAACGCUGUAAAGUUACUGCACGGUAAUUUCAUAUAGUUACUAUAUUAACCAUCCAAACUAUAUUAAACACGUUUUACAUGGGUUGCUAUUAAUAUAGUUAAUAUAAAAUUAUGUCACUAUGGCUUAUAUAAGAUACUUUGCUGUGAGAUAGUUUUACUAUGGUUAAUAUAAAUUUAUUUUUGGGUAGCCAAACCAGUGUAAUAUAAAUUUUUAAAUAUUUUGCAACUUUUAAAAGCUUUUAAAUUUUAAAAAUUUCGAAAUAUUUCGAACGCUGCGCAGACUUUUGGUUAUUUAUAGGUUAAUUAAGGAAUGGCAGAAGUUAUUUUAAGUCGCUCUAAUGCGGAACUGUCUGAGGGGGCAAUAACAAGAGACCAAUCUGAAGUCAGUCGUUUCAGAUAUUCGUCGAACGGCCGUCGACUCCGCGAUGGCAAGCCCACGACCCCAGUCACCUCGUCGCAGCUCUGGGCCAACACUUUCCUGCGAUCGUUUGCGCGACGAUUGGCCACAGAAGCCGAAGCCAUGAGUGCGGAAGAAUCCACGGAUUCAUUUGUCGACAUCGUGGAUCUGAAGCCAGGCCAGAGGUCGCGAGCUUCGAGUACGUCGAGUGGAAGUUCGGUCAGCUCGGAUGACCGACCACACCUUCUGACAGAUCGACCAGACUUUCAAAACGACGACAUCAUUCAGGCGACGGUACAGAUGGGGCCACAAGCCAAGGCUCCAAGCAAGAAGUUGCUACGGAGAACGUCGUCCAAGGUGCCCAAGAACGUCGUCGAACAGUUGAUCAAACCGUGCUGUUCUGGUGAGUAUAUUACUGUAGAUACUGUAGUUUUAAGGAAGUUUUUGUUUAACUUAAAGAGGUUUUGUAGUUUGUCGCUGCAAUGACAUGUAAACAUUUUAAAUUUAAGUCAUUUUAAAAUGAUUUUAAAAUGAAAACAUAGUGAGAGUUGUUGACAGCUUUACUCAAGUAAUUACCGUAAUUGCAGCGUUGAAAGAUGGCUUCAAAGAGUUUCUUCGUAUCGACUUUGCCAACGCUCCACUGCUCAAGGAAGCCAGCGACAAGAUCCUAACGCCACGCUCCGUUGGCUCCAGAGUCUGGAUGAAGGAAGAUGGUCCAUCUGGUACCACAAAGCCAGCUCUUGGCUUCCAAAUGAACUCAGUCAAGGAGCAGAACAAGAUACUGUAUAUUACUGUAGACUGCUACAACUCCUUCGAUGGUAGCGUCAGACUCGAAGUAAGUUUAUGUUUCUGCGACUAUACUGUAGGUUACUGUAGAAUUUUAUUAUAUAUUUUAUUGUGACUUACUGUAGGACUACAUAUAUUACUGUAACUUGCAUAUCGUACUGUAACCACCUCUAACUGUACUAUUUUGGGUAGUAAUGCACGUUCACGUCGCUUCCGUACAAGAUUCUCAAUUGUUGCUGGAGAAGCCGCUGCCAUCGCUGGAACUGGCCUCAGGGCAUCAGAGUAUCGAAUUCGAAGUUGAAAUCACAGAGAGAAUGCGUGUAACCAGCGACGGUGAAUUCGUCGUGAUCGGUCUUCACGGGCACAGCACAGUCGUCUCGGAACAGUGA